GCGCGGCGGCUCGUGGCGCGGUGGCGCGGCUUAGCGGCCGGCUCCGUCCCCCCCCCCCCCGCUGUCGCCCAGGCCGCAGUCGGACAGAGCAGCCCCUGCGGACGACACUGGGCUGACGGCGCGACGAGUGAGCCUCUCGCGGAACGCCUCUCGGCGCGUCUCCGUGAGCUGCAGAGCCAGAAAUCGACCGCUGCCGCUGCUGCCCGAUUCACGGAUUGUCACCGCGGGCUUUAUCGUUGGUAGUUAUAGCGCUUGUGGAUUGCGAGUGUAAGUGGCAUGCGCGGAUUUCUGAGUACCGAGUGUGGAGUGCCGACGACUAAUCUCUGGGUCCCGAUUGCUGAGUGCCAAGCACCGAGUGCUGAGUGCCACACCCGGAGCAGAUAGCUUGGUGGGUACUGGGUGCGAUAUCCGUGCCAGACUGCUUUGCUCAGUGACGCGAGGUGUACCACCUCCAGUGACCCAUCUCGCGCGGACCAACGACAGACGGCCGGGCGGCUGCUGAGGUCAGGCUCACAGCCGGACAGUCAGCGUUCCGGGCCGCGCCCGCCCACCGCCGCUCCCCGGCUUACUCUUCCCGGGACGUACCGGAGGCUCAUCGCGAGUUCUGGCCGCCGGGACCAGUUCUAACCGCUGUACUGGCCAGUUGAUCGCUCAGUCACCGCUCUCAGUAUUAUCCAGCGUUCUUUGUUGAGGGAAGCACUGUUUUGACUCGUUCAUUCACUCUGGUUGUGACGUUGGUGAUAUAAUUUGUGAUGCGCGACGUGCAAGUGAAGUGAAGUUACGAAGUGACGUUAAGUGACGUGAUGAGUGUUCUCCAGUCCGCGCCGUCACCCGUCAGAGGAAAAGUCGUCAUACCUAGCGUGGUGAUCUCGGAAGCUGACAGCGGUCAGCCAUGUCUCGGCUGUCAGGAGAAGUGUUCCGGCUUCAACCCGCACCCCUGGAGGAAAAUUUGCGCCAACUGUAAAUGUGACCGGGAGAGUCACGACCUGUGCCAGGAGGACUGGGUGAACGUCAGAGACCGGCUCGGCUUCACAGGCGUGCUGGAGCCCGACAAGCGGGUGUCCAAGGACAGGGCGUUCCAGCAGGGCUACUCCUGGGUACCGCCCGGACUCAGUCGAGAAAAGAUCGAGGAGUAUAUGAGCCAGCUGCCGAACCACAAGGUACCGCGGCUGGGAACCACAGGCGAGAAGUACCGAGAGCGGAACCUGGUUCACCAGCUGCCCGCGCAGGACCUGGCGCUCACACACUGCCGGCACGUGGCGCCCGAGCAGCAGCGAGCGUUCCGCGACUUCGUCCAGGCGCGAAAUGACAUCGCGCUGGACGUCGGCUUCGUCCGAGAACUCAACCAUUCCUCCGAGUGCCGCAAGUGCCAGGGUGUGAUACGACACGGCGAGCUGGCCGUGAUAGCUCCUCGCUUCGGUGAUGUAACGUGGCACCCUGCGUGUUUCGUGUGUCACACGUGUGACCAGCUCCUGGUGGACCUCACCUACUGUGUCUAUGACGAGGAGAUCUACUGCGAGAGGCACUACGCCCAGCAGCUGAAGCCCCGCUGCGCCGCCUGUGAUGAGUUGAUUUUCAGUGGCGAGUACACCAAGGCGAUGAACAAGGACUGGCACAGCGGCCACUUCAGCUGCUGGCAGUGUGACGAGUCGCUCACCGGCCAGCGGUACGUGCUGCGCGACGACCACCCCUACUGCAUCAAAUGCUACGAGAACGUGUUCGCCAACACCUGCGACGAGUGCAACCGGCUCAUCGGUAUUGACUCCAAGGACCUGAGCUACAAGGACAAGCACUGGCAUGAGGCGUGUUUCCUGUGCAACAAGUGCCGUAUGUCGCUGGUGGACAAGCAGUUCGGCUCCAAGGCGGACAACAUCUACUGCGGCCCCUGCUACGAUGCCCAGUUCGCCACGCGCUGCGACGGAUGCGGCGAGAUCUUCCGUGCAGGCACGAAGAAGAUGGAGUACAAGACGCGCCAGUGGCACGAGAAGUGUUUCGCGUGCUGCGUGUGCCAGACGCCGAUUGGCACCAAGUCGUUCAUCCCUCGCGAGCAGGAGAUCUACUGCACGGGCUGCUACGAGGAGAAGUUCGCCACCCGUUGCAUCAAGUGCGACAAGAUCAUCACCACUGGCGGUGUGACCUACAAGCAGCAGCCGUGGCACCGUGAGUGCUUCACCUGCACCAACUGCAACACCAGCCUGGCCGGCCAGCGAUUCACCAGUCGUGACGAGAAGCCCUACUGCGCCGACUGCUUCGGCGAGCUGUUUGCCAAGCGGUGCACCGCCUGCUCCAAGCCCAUCACCGGUAUUGGUGGCACCCGGUUCAUCUCGUUCGAGGACCGGCACUGGCACAACGACUGCUUCAUCUGCGCCAGCUGCAGCAAUUCGCUGGUCGGAAAGGGCUUCAUCACCGACGGCUCGGAUAUCCUCUGCCCCGAGUGCGCCAAGCAGCGGCUAAUGUGAGCUGCUGACACCUGGCGGGCGCGGCCAGAAGCUGAAGUUGCGCCGACGGGCGCGUGGGGGCUGAGGUGUGCCGAGCCGGGCCGAGCGCUGAUGGAGGCUCGGAAAGUGUGACACUUCUAUCUUUCUCUAUUUUGUGUUGGUAGACAUUUGCGCGAGUGAGUGGUGCGCGGAGUGAGUGGUUAGGCGUGCAAUAUCAUGAAUUUUAUACAUGGGUGCUAGGACGUGACACGAAGAGACACACGGUGAGCGGGCGUGCUGUGGCGGGCCACCCGGCCCUGCCCGCGCCGCCCACCGCUGCACACGGCACACACUAGUCACAGCACACACCCCACUGACGCCGCACACAGACAGACACACGGAGCACAGACAGAGUGUCACGUCCCGGCCGAGCGCGCCGGCCGGUCGACAGGAGAGAGUCCGAGAGCGCGCGCGAGAGGGAGGGAGAAGAGUGGCGCGCAGAGCGCUGACCGAGCGGACGACGAGUGAGAGAGAGUGGAGCGCAGCGGUCCGCCAGACGGCGGGCAGAGCCGCGCCAGCCACCGAUUGACUAACCCGUCUCCAUUAACCCGUAGUCGGGCCGGUGGGGGCGGCGGCGUCCUCGUAGUGGGAGCGCCCGCCCCCGCCGCCGUCCCGUCGCCCGUCGCCGCCGCCGCUGCCGCCGACACGGCAGCGGAGAGCGCGCGCGUGCGUGAUAUAUGCUGAACCUGCUAGUCGGCUGUCGCUUGACUCGAUUGCGUUUUACCCGUAGGGAUCAUGAUGAUUUGAGAUGUUGUAUUUAUUUCCUGCGCGUGCCGCCUCCGAGGGCGAGUGUUACAGGCCUGUAUAUAGAAGAACGAGCGCUGCGGCGGCACGCGAGACAUGCCUUACAGCCUGGACUCGGGGCCUUACUGUCUCAAGGCUACUGGCGUAUGGGUCAGAAAGAACAGUAUAUAUUUCCUUCCACCGUAACAAGGCCUUCCUUUCCACCCAUACAUGUAACUUCAGUUGACCCGAGCGUACACAGUAACCUAUCAGUCUGCUGGCCGGGCUGCGCGGAUCUUCCGGGACCCCUCUGGAAGGCCAGGGGGGCAGUGGCCCCUCCGGCCACCGAGGCGUCUCCGGGGGACCCCGGCUCCACCUGCAGAGUUCCAAAUUCGAGCCAGUAUCCGCCUUUAGAUUAUUUCCCAAGUUUUUUGUUCCUUUGUCCCCUCGAGGAGUGUUGUUCUAUCGACUCCCUGCCGUCCUGUUCAAGAGUUCUCCUCGAAUGUCAUGUGGGUAGUUAUUUUUAUUUUUGAACUUUCACCAUCUUUUAUGUAUGUUGGCUGUUGUUAAUAUUUCGCUUGUGGAAGGAAAUAAACGCUUGAUUAACCAUU